AACACGUACACACAAGGACCACAUCACCAGAACAAGUACACACAAGGACCACAUCAACCAGAACACGUACACACAGGGACACAUCACCAGAACACGUACACACAGGACCACAUCACCAGAACACGAACACACGAGGAACACAUCACCAGAACACGUACACACAAGGACCACAUCACCAGAACACGUACACACAGGACCACAUCAACCAGAACACGUACACACAAGGACUACAUCACCAGAACACGUUCACACAGGGACCACAUCAAUCAGAACAAGUACACACAAGGACCACAUCAACCAGAACAAGUACACACAAGGACCACAUCAACCAGAACACGUACACACAAGGACUACAUCAACCAGAACACGUUCACACAGGGACCACAUCAAUCAGAACAAGUACACACAAGGACCACAUCAACCAGAACAAGUACACACAGGGACCACAUCCAGCAGAACAAGUACACACAGGACCACAUCAACCAGAACAAGUACACACAGGACCACAUCAACCAGAACACGUACACACGAGGACCACAUCACACCAGAACACGUACACACAGGGACCACAUCACCCAGAACACGUUCACACAGGGACCACAUCAACCAGAACAAGUACACACAGGACCACAUCAACCAGAACACGUACACACAAGGACCACAUCAACCAGAACACGUACACACGAGGACCACAUCACACCAGAACACGUACACACAGGGACCACAUCAACAGAACACGUACACACGAGGACCACAUCACACCAGAACACGUACACACAGGGACCACAUCAACCAGAACACGUACACACAAGGACCACAUCAACCAGAACACGUACACACGAGGACCACAUCACACCAGAACACGUACACACACAGGACCACAUCAGCAGAACACGUACACACAGGGACCACAUCAACCAGAACAAGUACACACAAGGACCACAUCAACCAGAACACGUACACACAAGGACCACAUCACCAGAACACGUACACACAAGGACCACAUCACCAGAACACGUACAUACAAGAACCACAUCACCAGAACACGUACACACAAGGACCACAUCAACCAGAACACGUACAUACAAGAACCACAUCAACCAGAACAAGUACACACAUAAGGACCACAUCAACCAGAACACGUACACACAAGGACCACAUCACCAGAACACGUACACACAAGGACCACAUCAACCAGAACACGUACAUACAAGAACCACAUCAACCAGAACACGUACACACAAGGACCACAUCGACCAGAACAAGUACACACAAGGACCACAUCAACCAGAACACGUACACACAAGGACAACAUCAACCAGAACACGUACACACAAGGACAACAUCAACCAGAACACGUACACACAGGGACCACACCAAUCAGAACAAGUACACACAAGGACCACACACAGCAGAACACGUACCACAAGGACCACAUCAACCAGAGCACGUACACACAAGGACAACAUCAACCAGAACACGUACAUACAAGAACCACAUCACCAGAACAAGUACACACAAGGACCACAUCAACAGAACACGUACACACAAGGACCACAUCAACCAGAACACGUACAUACAAGAACCACAUCAACCAGAACAAGUACACACAAGGACCACAUCGCAGAACAAGUACAUACAGGACCACAUCAACAGAACACGUACACACAAGGACAACAUCAACCAAACACGUACAUACAAGGACCACAUCAACCAGAAUUAGUACACAUAGGACCACAUCAACCAGAACACGUACACACAAGGACCACAUCAACCAGAACAAGUACACACAAGGACCACAUCAACCAGAACACGUACACACAAGGACCACAUCACCAGAACACGUACACACAGGGACCACAUCAACAGAACACGUACACACGGGACCACAUCAACCAGAACAAGUACACACGGGACCACAUCAACCAGAACACGUACACACAAAACACAUCACCAGAACACGUACAUACGAGGAACAUCAACCAGAACACGUACACACAAGGACCACAUCAACCAGAACAAGUACACACAAGGACCACAUCAACCAGAACACGUACACACAAGGACCACAUCAACCAGAACACGUACAUACAAGAACCACAUCAACCAGAACACGUACACACAAGGACCACAUCAACCAGAACACGUACACACGAGGAACACAUCAUCAAGAACACGUACACACAAGGACCACAUCAACCAGAACACACCAAGCCCAGGCUCCAAGCCAUGCUGGAUGUAUUUGGUCAGAGAAUUGAUGUGAAUGAUGCGAACUUCGUCGGCAACCUUCAUGCCAAACUAAUGCAGCGCAUUAAACCCCUCAGAACCCUUGUUGGAAAGAGCUAUGGAGUUAACAUCACCUAU